GCAUCUCGGAGUCACUUGCAGCCCUGCUUAUCUGCGGCGCGCCCUGCGAUCGCCGGGUGGUAGGGCGGAAGGGCUGCGUGCUUCAGAGCGCGGCAGGCUAGGCAGACCGAACGACGCGACCCGGAGGUGCGGAAGGCUCAUCGCUUCUAGACUUUGGCAGAGGGACCUGCCGUGAAGCGAAUGUAGGGAGGGAGGAAAGAAGGGAAGAUGGUCAUUCGGGUUUUCAUCGCGUCUUCCUCUGGUUCCGUGGCGAUAAAGAAGAGGCAGCAAGACAUUGUACGAUUUCUGGAAGCCAACAAGAUUGACUUUGAAGAAGUGGAUAUCACCAUGUCAGAGGAGCAAAGGCGAUGGAUGUAUAAAAAUAUUCCUCAAGUCAAACUGCCUGCACAGGGCAACCCUCUGCCUCCCCAGAUCUUCAGCAAUGAUGAGUACUGUGGAGAUUACGACUCGUUUUUUGAAUCCAAGGAAAGUAACACCGUCUUUACAUUUCUUCGCUUGAAGUCUAAUUUGGCCUCAAAGGAAUUGGAACCUUAGGAAAGUUCCUUGAAGAUUCAAGGAGCACAUUGUCUGGGCGAAUGAAUUCCUUGAUGUUCAGCACUCUACGCCUUCCCUUGUGGAUCACUGUGAUACAAGCCAAUAUGCACCAUUGGUAUUUUGCUUGCUGCUGAAGAGGUGAAAUAAGACAGUGGAUACAAAAAAUGGGCUGAUUGGUUGUGUUGGGUGCUCUUCCUUCUUUGCAAACGUAUCUGUAGUGAAUCUUGUGGAUCAUUGUUCUGAUAUGCACUAUUAUUCCAUUUGAAUGAUGACUUAAAGUUCUCAAGAUGGCAAAUGGCAGCUGAAUCAGAUCAUGGAUUAUAUAGUAUCAGAGAUUCAGGUGUUUACACUUUGCUGAGUUGAGAAUUACUGCAGGCAUGACCUAUUGUUUUAACUGUUAUCACAAACAUGGAAGGCAGCAAUCUUGAGUUGCAAAGAUCUCAUUUUCCAAAAUACCAAAAAAUUACAAUAAUUCUGAUAGUUGUGCUAUACGUGCUGAUGUGUUUAUUGCCGUAAAUGGGCCUAGUAUAUAUUACUAGUGGAAAAGAAGAGAAUCAGCAUAUGGUUGGGAUACAGCAAUACAGUGUAUAAGCCUUUCUGCAUUAAUGCCUAACUUCAGCAAGGAUGUCUUUGCUUUGAUGUCAGUCUAAGAGUGAUCUCUUUGUACAACCCAAGGGAGACCAAGCUCUGCGUUACACUCCCAAACCAACUGAUCAGCAAAACUAGCAAAGAAGACACACCAGCCAUUUGUGUCAUUCUGAACAAUAUUGCCAAAUUUUAUAUUUCUGUAUGAUAGAUACUCUUCUACCUUGAAUUUCAAACAUUCAUAAUAUUUAUUGCUGUCAGCAAGAUUAAUUGUAGGGGAGAGUUCAAAAGAUGGAGUGUACCAUGCAUGGUGAGCAACAUCUGUACAAGAUGGAAGCCAUGCUCAGUCACUUUAAUGGGGAAGUGGGUGGGGAUUCUUCAAGAAGGAAGCAUUUUCUGCCUAUAAAAUGUGAUAUUUUGUGUUGAAGACAAUAUAGUAUCUUCCACUUAAAAGUCACAUAAGAACAGCUAACCUAGUGGUACACAUCUCUAGACAUGUGGAACUACAGAAAAGUAGCUCAGCCCAGGGCAUACUAUUUGGAAGUAAGUCCUAUUGUAUUUAACUAAAUUUAGCCCCUGACAUGUAUACACUUAUUAUUUAGGUUCCCAAACUCUCAUAAAAAAAUCACACCCCUUCAUCAGUUCAGCUAAUUUUGGAAGUGAGCUGCCUUCUUGUCAAAGCCACUCUGGAAUUUUUUUGUUUGUUUGCUUUGGUUUGGUUUAAAAUUGGGCAGCUCCUGUUUGGACAUAGCCACCCCAAGGACUUCUUUAUAACUCUUUAAGAAUAAUGGCUGGCUACAUCGAACUGCUUGGAAAUGGACGUGUGAAGAAGAAAAGCAAAGGGAAACUGAGGGAGCAGGGGGGUCCUGAUGGGAUGGCAGGACCUUGUUUGUCUUGACAAAUGCAUGUGUCUUGUGAUUGGUCACACCACCAUAGCACCCACUGUGUGGGUAGAGAAGCUCCUUCAUCACAGACAUUUCGUAAGAGCACCUAGGACCUGUUUCGUUUUUUGUUUUUUUCAAAAUAUAGAUGUGUCCUACACCCGGAUGUGUCCCCCCCCCAGUCUUGCACUAUGUAAUUUUCCUUUAGAUUGGGACUAAAUGACUUGAUGAAGUAUGUUACUUCAUUGUAUACAGAGUUCCUCCACUUGCUAGAGUUUUUGUCUUGUCUUUCAUCAAGAUCUCCUCUCUGUGAGCCUCUUGAUUCAGGGCAAUAAAUUCAGAUAUUAUCAGAUGUUAUCCUUAAGUAGAUCUGGGGUGCCAAAAUAUGGAGGACCAAUAGAUGGUAGGAAAAAACUGCCCUCUCAAAAACCACCCUAGCCCUUUGCUGCUAUCUAGCGGUCAUUGAUUUUUCAGCCCAGAUCUGUAGAUCUGCAUCCAGGGAUUAGAGAAAAAAAAAAGGGGAAAAGCCUAGAUUUAAUAGCAAAGACACAGGUAAGCAUGAUCUGUAUUCGGUUAUUCAUUCAAAGCUCAGGGAAGUUUCUGAAGUAUUCACAAUGGACAGGCAUCCUAAGGAAGUGGGAAACUUUUAAGAAUCCACUGUGCUAUCCAUUCUACUAUAUACAUUGCAAAUCCUUGGACAUACUUAAAGUAGGAUGGGAUUUUAGCUAAUUUUAAUUACAAGAUGAUGUAAAUGUUGGUUUUGUUUUGCUUUGGAUUGUCUUUCGGAAGAGGGAGCAUAUCAUUAGAAUGCACUAGCAAAAGGUGUCCUAUUUUCAUGUCUGUAUCAGGUCUCUUAAGCUCACUAGUGAAUGCUGUUUGGUAUUUAGUUAAAUGUUUGGCUUUUUUAAAUAAAAAAUUGGUCAAUCUUUCA